AUGUUACGAUCGAGGAGAAAUCAGAUUUUGAUGUCCUUUAAUUUCUGGCCACAAAUUCAGCCAAGAUCAGGGAGCAACAUUUACGAACUACGAAGUUACACACUUCGGCCGGGGACCUUGUACGAGUGGGGAAAUUGUUGGGCAAAGGCUAUCAAGUUCAGGCAGACCAACAACGAACCAGUUGCUGGCUUCUUCACACAAAUUGGGCAUUUGUAUUGUGUUGAGCACAUGUGGGGUUAUAAAGAUCUGCAAACAAGGAAGGAGACCAGGGAAGCUGCCUGGAGUCGCCCUGGCUGGGAUGAGUGUGUGUCCAAUACAGUUGCCCUGACUCGACACAUGCACUCCAGCAUCUUGAUCCCCACUCCGUUCUCCCCGCUGCAGUGA